CUUCUUUUUUAAUCUGAGAGCGACGAAAAAGAGAGAGAGAUCAGUGGGCGAGAGACGGACUCCGCCUUUGCCGUCGCCCAAUACCGAGCCCCCGGUUCAGUGAAGGGGGAAAUCACAGAUCUGCUAGCUAAUGCCGGGGUCCCCCUGUUUGCGUCGUCUCCGGGCGUAGAGAUGAUGGGCUUCCCGUAACUGGAGGUGGAGGGGAGAGGCGGGGGUGGGGGUAGCGAUAAAAGAGGAGGGGUGGGUUGAAAAAAAAAGCACGAAGAGAAACAAAAGCACAGUUGUGGGUGUCUGAAACCAUGCGAGAUUUGCACUAUUCACAAAGACCGCUGCUCUAUCCGUGGACCAUGUCGUGAGGUGUGGCUCCUGCGCUCGGGAUACUGCCAAUAGAUACGCCUGGGAGCGGGGCAAAAGAUGUCCGCCUCGGUAGGGCCCCAAAGCGGCCCUCGCCCACCCACCGUGCCGGCUCCCAUGCCUGAUAUGCCGGACUUGAGUCACCUCACGGAGGAGGAAAGGAAAACCAUCAUGGCAGUGAUGGUUCGGCAAAGGGAGGAAGAGGAUAAAGAACAAGCCAUGCUAAAGACACUGCACCAGCAGUUUGAGAGUUAUAAGGAGCAGGUGAGGAAGAUUGGGGCAGAAACGAAACGACAGCAGGCUGUCCAUAAAGAUGAUGCACCUACUUGUGGCAUCUGCCGUAAGACCAAGUUUGCAGAUGGCUGUGGGCAUCUGUGUUCCUACUGCCAGACCAAGUUCUGCGCCCGCUGUGGGGGAAGAGUGUCGCUGCGCUCAAAUAACGUGAUGUGGGUAUGUAACCUGUGCAGGAAACAGCAGGAAAUCCUAACUAAAUCAGGAGAAUGGUUUUCAUCAGGGCCUGGGGGGAGGCCUCUUAGUGUGGGUGCUCCCCUCGGUGUCCCUGAGUUGGAGAAGGACAGGAAGUUGCGCUCCAGAUCACAGGCUCCGGUUGCUAACGACACUCUGCCACACAGAGCUGGUGCUGGUGACCCCACCAAGGGAGCAGAUACGAUGCUUGCUUCACGCUCCCGCAGUGAACCACCACGAGACAAGAAGAGACCAGUGUCCCUGCAUGAGCAGAAUGGAAAGGUGAUGGGACGUGGAGAGAGAAGGCGAGGCCCAGGCCGGUUGUCAUCACAGGCCUCUGAAGACCGAGCUCCAGGUGAGAAGCGUGACAGUAGACGAUUGGAGAAAGGCCACUCGCAGGAAUAUCCCAAAGAUGAGCCCACCCAUCCCGAGCGGCGAAGGAGACAGGAAGAGGAAGAGCGAGAGCGUCAAAGACGAGAGGAAGAGUAUCAGACUCGGUACCGCAGUGACCCGAACCUCGCACGCUACCCUGUCAAACCACAGAAGGAGGAACAGGAAAUGCGUAUGCAUGCCAAAGUGUCCAAAAUGCGUCAGGAGCGUCAUCACAGUGACCUAGCCAUCAACGAAGUUGGAUUAAUGCAAGAUGGGGGUGAGGCGGCUGGAAAUCGCAUGAGCAGGCAACGAGUGGCUAACAACGAAGACCGCAAAGCCCUUAUAGAAACCCAUCGAGCUUAUUCUGUGGACAGGACCGUGGGGGGUGGCAUUGGGGGACAAGGAUCCCUCGCUAAACAGGGCCACGGUGGCCCUCAAGUGGGCCCUACUGGGCCCCCAGACCUCAGGGACGGACAGGACUGGGGCCCAAAGGGGCAUCUGGAACCUGGGUCCGCAGCUUUUCUGCACAGGGCUAAGCGGGAAAAGGCUGCAGAAAUCAUGCGUAAAGAUUCUUCUCUUAGCUCGGACCAAUCUGAGUCGUUACGGCCACCUCCACCUAGAGCCUAUAGACCCAAACGAGGCCUCAACAAAAGGCAGAUGUCCAUCAGUAGCUCGGAAGAAGAGGGCGGCUCCACGCCUGAAUACACCAGCUGUGAGGACGUGGAGAUCGAAAGUGUUAGUGAAAAAGGUGACUGGGACUGUCAUCCUCUGGACCCAACUGUGUGGCAUCAUCCAGUGAGCUGGCAGCCAUCCAAAGAGGGAGAUCAUUUGAUUGGCCGGAUCACUCUAAGUAAGCGCUCCACCAUGCCACGAGAAGCCGGAUCCCUGCUGGGUCUGAAGGUGGUUGGUGGAAAAAUGACAGAGUCAGGGAGACUGGGGGCCUUUAUCACCAAAGUAAAGAAAGGAAGUUUGGCUGACAUUGUAGGCCAUUUACGAGCAGGCGAUGAGGUGUUACAGUGGAAUGGAAAGGCGUUGCCUGGAGCAACUAAAAAGGAAGUGUACAAUAUUAUUCUAGAGUCCCAGUCAGCACCUCAAGUGGAAAUAGUUGUUUCCAGACCAAUUGGAUGUAUUCAGCGAAUUCUGUCCAAAAACUUCUUGAAAAAGGUCUAUAGAGCAUAUCAAGAAACUCCAAGACUUCCAGGAACAUCACAUCCUCCUCUAGAAUCAACUGGUUCGAGUUCUAUAGAUGAAUCCCAAAAGAUGGACCGUCCAUCCAUCUCUGUAAUGUCACCGACUAGUCCUGGGAUAUUGAGAGACCUCCCUCUGGUACUGCCAGGCCAGCUGUCGGUGAAAUUAUGGUAUGAUAAAGUGGGCCAUCAGCUUAUUGUCAAUGUCCUACAAGCACGAGAACUGCCCCCUCGACCAGACGGACGACCUAGAAAUCCCUACGUCAAAAUGUAUUUUCUUCCUGAUAGAAGUGACAAGAGCAAGAGACGGACGAAAACGGUGAAGAAGACUGCAGAGCCAAAGUGGAACCAGACGUUCCUGUAUUCUCACGUUCACCACAGAGACUUCAGAGAGCGCAUGCUGGAGAUCACUGUUUGGGACCAGCCCAGAGUCCAGGAGGAAGAGAGUGAAUUUCUGGGAGAGAUUCUGAUCGAGCUGGAAACAGCUCUAUUGGAUGACCAGCCACACUGGUACAAAUUGCAGACCCAUGAUGUGUCAUCCCUACCAUUGCCCCAGCCGUCCCCCUGCCUCCUUAGCAGACAUGUUCAUGGAGACAGUCCAAGUAAAAAACUGCAAAGAUCUCAUCGCAUCAUUGAAACAGAUUAUGAUGAUGGUAUAACAGUAGUGUCCUCAGCAGCAGAGAGGAACUCCAGAGACAGGGACAGGUCAAGCACACUGACCGUACCUGAGAGACAGGCAGCCAUACAGCAUCGCUCGCGGUCAGUAUCCCCACACAGAGAAGACCAAUGCAGAGCCCGCUCUCGACCUGCACACGUCCCUAUGCAGAGGAGUCUGGAUGAGAUCCACAAAAACCGCCAUCAUUCCUACUCUCCCUCUCACUGCCACGACUCCCACCAGGAACAUCGCUCCGGAGAUUCUGACUAUGAAUAUUCAGAGGACAGCGAGGUCCUGGAGAUGCACAGAUCGAUCCGAGGUGGGAGUGCUGAGUGCCUGCAAACAAACAGGAAAUUAGCUAGGCACUGUAACACACUUCCCCCAAAGAUGCCCUUGUUAGUGAAUGGUAUACAUAAAGAUAUUUACAGCUCUACCCUCCCUGCAUGCUUAAAGAACAAACCGCCCCGGCGAACAGAGAGGGAUGGUGUUAUCCCUCUUAGUGCCAUUCCACAGCGUGUUCUCAGGUUCACAGACGAGGUCAGCUCUGGUGAUCUUCAGCCUUCAUUAGACAGAAUAAGAAGUGCCAGUACAACUUGUUUGAGACCAGAGUCAAACUUCCACUUACCUGAAAGAGAAAGGCAUUCUGGCAAUUUGGAUAGGCCAAGCUGUCAGAUAGCUAACAAGAAAACCAUUGAUGGCGACAGACUUCAGCCCACCUCUAUCCUCAGGGGUGGCAGGAGGAGGAGAGAGCCUCCCCUCAGGCCCUUUGGCCAGACCAGCUUAGGGGGUUCCUGCCCUAACUCCCCACGAGCUGACAGAGAACUUCAGCAUGGUGGACAUUAUUCCCCGGCAGGGACCACGUCAUUAGGGCGCAGGGGCAGACAGCUGCCACAACUUCCUGCAAAGAGCAGCAGUAUAGAGCAAGACCAUGUCAACAGUAAACCUGAGGAGAAACCUAACUCAGCACUAGCAGUGGAAGAGCGGGCUCGUCAGUUGCAAAUGAGAGUACAUUCCUAUCGGCCAGGCUCUUCUGCCAGCUCUGGUCACGACCCAGAGGCAGAGCUCAAAAACAGGAGAGAUAUGUAUAAGGAUCAGAAGAGGAGUUGUGAUAGCAUGUCUGCAAGGUCAUCAGACAGUGACAUGAGCGAUGCAUCAGCUAUCUCCCGUGCCAGCAGUGCCUCACGGCUGAGCGCCACCAGCUACAUGUCCAUCCAGUCUGAGAGACCACACGGGAGAAUCAGGUCAAAGUCGUUGGAGAGUUGUAAAGGAGAUGAAAAGAAGGAGAGAAGGAUUUCAUGGGGGGUGAAUGGAACAGACAACAGGAGGAGUCUAGGAAAGAGACGUUUCUCUGAGGAGCUUAAACGCAGACGUCAUACGGUGGCUGGAGAUGUGAGUCGACAAGUCAGAGCCUCAUCUGGUCAAAGCAUGCUAAAGAGCACAAGCGUAAGCGGUGACAUCAACACGGAGCGAACAGACGGCAGCCAGUCUGACACUGCCCUGGGAACAGUUGGAACCGGAGCGAAAAAGCGGCGCUCCAGCCUCAAUGCUCGAUUCGUGGCUAUCGUGGGAAACCGUCGCAGCCGAAGCACCUCACAGAUCAGUCAAACGGAGGCAUCCAAUAAGAAGUCAAAGGGCAGUCAAGGGACGAUCCAGCGCAGUCAGGAGACGGGAAUGGCUGUGGAAUUGCAGAGGAAUAUGAGUCGUCAACCCAGCCGUGAAUCUAACAACGGAAGCAUGAACAGCUACAACUCUGAGGGCAGUCCAAUUUUCCCAGCAGUUCGAGUCGAGACUCAGUUCAGUGACUUCCUGGAUGGACUGGGCCCUGCUCAACUAGUUGGUCGACAAACCCUUGCCACACCAGCAAUUGGUGACAUUCAAAUUGGCAUGGUGAAUAAGAAAGGCCAGCUGGAGGUGGAGGUGAUAAGAGCACGAGGUCUCAUCCAAAAACCAGGGUCCAAAUCACUCCCCGCUCCAUAUGUCAAAGUCUAUCUUCUACACAAUGGGGCUUAUGUAGCUAAGAAGAAGACAAAAAUUGCACGCAAGACACUCGACCCGCUGUACCAGCAAACGCUGCAGUUUGAAGAAAGUCCACAGGGUAAAGUGUUACAAGUAAUUGUCUGGGGAGAUUAUGGGCGAAUGGACCACAAAUCCUUCAUGGGAGUUGCACAAAUCCUACUAGAGGAGCUGGACCUCUCCAGCAACGUGAUUGGCUGGUACAAACUUUUCCCGCCUUCUUCCCUAGUCGACCCAACUCUUGCCUCUCUAACUCGACGUGCUUCUCAGUCAUCCCUGGACAGUUCGCCGGCACCUGCGGGGGUUCGAUCGUAGUGGACUAAUAACAUAAAGCACAGUCUGAGAGACAACAGGACAACAAUAAGAGCCAGGCAGAAAAUGCGAUGAAAUAACACAAAGCUUUGUUCAAAUCUGACAAUCACUCCUGUGACUUUGUUUUUGUUUUCCUGUUUGUGGGUAGCCCGUGUUCUGCCAACUUUGUUUGUCCUAAAUGAAAUCGUUUGUUUCUCUCACUGUUUGUCGCGUGAGAUUUAGGGCUGUCUACACUAGCACGCGGGAAGCACCACUUUAGGGCGACAUAGAAAGCAGGGUGAUAUUCAGUCAAGUCUUCAUUGAAAUGUACGUAAGCUAGUUUUUAACAGAGCAUCAGAAUGUAUCAACCCAAAAACAAAGGUGACCUCUGACCAAGGGAUUGUGGGGCCUCAGUCGAGGCCCUAUCUAAACCCUGUUUGUACUGAAAGUGAAAGGUCAGGAACUUGAAAGACAUAGGGCGUCCCCUGGGGAGGUUGUCUGGAAGGGCAGGGCCUUUCUUGGUGCCUAAACCUGGAGGACCCAAAGCCAUGGUCCAUUUCAUCCAAAAAGGUUCCUCUGUUUUCAACAUAUGUGACAGCUAACGGAGGCCACUCUCGUCACUUAUUUAGCUUCUUUUUUUAACAUCUCUAGCACGUUUUAUGAAAAACAACAGGUUUGUGUUGUCCAGUGUACUGUGAAAAUUACAGGAAAUGCUAAAAAUGAAAUCGAAGACAGCGUAUCUGGAAAUACACACAUUUCUUUGCAGUUUUUUUUUUUACUUUUGUUAACUGAAACUAUUACAUUAUCCUACAGUACGUUGCAAUACAUCAUCUUAUUCAGUGAAUUGAAUUCGAUUUUUAGAUGUUUACACUUAUCAUUAAAUGCUAUUAAAAAGUAGAUAUUUAGUUAAUGAAAAACACUAUGUACCAAGAUAAACAUAUUUGUGACCCUGGACCACA